AUGUUAUGGGGUGUGCUGCAGAGCGCGAGGAAGCGGUCGAGGAAGACGUUCCCUGCGUGCGCGUCCGCGCGCGGGCGGAAGGUGGGCAACGCGCGGAACAUCCCGUGGAAGUCGAGCAGCGACCGGCAGAACUCCGCCUUGUCGAAGGGAUCGUGCCGGGCGCUGCAGAGCAGGUCGGAGGGGCGGGUAAGGGUGGGCGGGGUCGUGCAGGAGGGUGCAGCAUACAUCGGCGGCCACGGAGGAGACGAGGGCAGCGGUGGACAGCGCGUGCAGGCGACGGCGAGUGGCAGGUCUCUGUACCACCCUCGCAUCCCCGUCGUGUUUGGCACAAGUUCCUACUUGCAGUGUUGGACUGUAGCGUCGAUGUCGACGUUGUUGAUGUGCCGCCAACCUGCAUCAUGCACAGGCACCUCUCUGCAAGAGAGUGGGUACGCAUCGGCUCACACGUGCCCGAAGACGGCGUGGCACGCGACCACAACAAGCUACAUCGACACGUCAAGGCCAUCGCUGGAGGCUCGUAACGGGCGGACGUGCAGGAGGGAAAGGGGUUGGCUGCUAGGGCUUAGCAUAAAAGGCAUAGACUGGCUGAAUCUCGAUGCGCCGCGCAUGGGCAUGACCGCCGUGAGCACACCUCAUACGCACCAAAUACUCCCGAGAACAUGUGCCCGGGCCUGUCCGCAAGAGACGUCGGCUCGACCCGCCACGCGCCCCACGAUCGCCUGGCCCAACAGCCGCAACGAGCUCCAGCAAUGCGCAAAGAACACCGAGGGGGGGCGAAGGAUGGGCAGAAAGGAAGGAAAACAUGUUGCGGCUAAACAGCAGAGCAAUCGCCCCAUUCCUUAUAGGCCCGCCGAAGAUGAGCACGCCUCUAGCUCGAGAAGCCAGGCCACCGAGCACCGUCGCGCCAGCCCAAUGGGCCAGCUAUGCACGAGCACGACAGACAAUCCGUACGUGCCGGAGCUUGUGUAA